UAUGUGAAACCGUUGCCAUGCCCCAACGUUUCAAGUCGUCUCCACAUGUUGCUGGAGCAUCAUUUAGUAUCCCCGACUGAGACUUGGCGACAUCGCCCCACUCUCUUGUCGCCUCGGACAGAGUUGCUGGGACAAACGCGAAGGACAAAAUUUCAAUUGGAUUUAGGUUCUGAUUUGGGCCCUAACUCCUGUAUCGUGUCACACUUCUCAGCCGUUUCUUUCUUCGGGCAAAACCGGCGUGAGAAGACUGGCAUCGGCAAAAAGGUAUCCAACCGCAAAAACCGCAAGACCAUCAAGCCUGGAACCAAGUGUGCCCGAGGUGGUUCUUCUUCUUCUGGAUCGAAAAGACUUCGAUCUCUUGAUGCCAAUUGACGAGUUGAGGGCCAAAAAAAUUGAAUGGUACCACAAUUCUCUUUUCUGUUGGCGGUUGUUGUUUUGGUUUGCCUCAUCCGAACUUGAUCAUUGGUCUUCGGAUAACAGACCCGGUGAAUCCCUAAUCUUCGUCAACUUCUUCUCAUUGUGGUACCAAGCGAUCAAGAGAAUCUAGCAAGCCUUGCGACUACAUCGGCGGGCUACUAUUGUUGUUGCUGUACCAUAGCUGGUGAGAAGGUUAACAAGACCUGGAGCUAGCAGCUGAGAAGAUACCAUCUCUCUCGAUAUCUUCUUCACUUGUCACACAAUUCUUCUUGCAUGGUUGUUGUGACUGAGCUGAGCCACUUGCCAGAUUGCUACUGGUAGCUAACGAUAGCUACCCCCAAAGCAUUCUCUUCUUCAGAAAUCCAAAUGCCAACAACCACAAACUUCAUCUCUGCGUGAUACUGUCUACUCUUCUUGUAACGAACAAACGAACAAAGCAAACAUGCCUUUGACCAAACAUUCUUGGGGACUGACGGCCUUGGCGGCCACUUCGGGCAUCGGAGCCUGGCUGAUUUGGAAGACUCUCCACGCCACCAACGCCAAGACCAAGCAGAAGCAUCAUGGAAGUCCCCUUAAUAUUAUCGUUGCCGCCAACAAAACGACCAUGACGGAUGCCUCGGAACGAUCCACCACCAGCACUGCCACCACUCUGACGACUUGCUCCACAUUGGGCGAGGAGGAAAUCAAGGAAGCUUGGGAAGGAGGCCACGAGAAUAUCAAUCUCAAGAUUCUUCGACAUUUGUUGGAGGCCAAACAAGCCCGUCGCAAGAGCCGAAAGCGACAGAAUAACCAAUACUCCAAACUCAACCUCUUUUCCCAUCUCCUGACAAGACUCGAAACUACCCUGGACGAACAAACUCGCAUCGAGACCAAGUUGUUGCGUAUGCAGCAACAUCAACCACUGGCUCUUCCUCCCUCCACCACUCCCAUUCCGCAGCAGCCAAGCAGCCACAACAAUUCCACCGUCUGCAUGGUCGUCCAGCGUUAUCGAGGUGCCACCCUGUUGUGCGACGAACAGGAGAUUGUCCGGGUAGGAUCCAACACGUCCGUCGACCACACGCUGUCAAUGACAAAACCUUCGGGCGGCAAAGCCUAUUGCGGCUUGUUGAUUUACGUGAGCUUUGCCCAGGGUUGUACCCAACAGGCCGUCAAGGCGGCCUCCAAGAUUGUGGUCAACUUGCCUCUCUUGACAUUGGGAGGAUGGGGUGAUGGAUCCAAAACCAUGAAUGUUAUCGACUUGGCCAAAAGUCAUCCCAACGCUGCUUCGAUUACCAUUGUACCACAAGCCAAUCUGAUCAAUAAGAUCAAGGGACAGGGCAAAUCGAUUCAGUACCACGGACAGAUUGACAAGGAAGAAGGCAAUGCCCUUUACCACUAUUUUGUCAACUCGAUCCGCGGCUUGGUGUUGGAGCAGCAAUGCAAAUGGCGAGACCAACCACUUCCCGAUUGGUAUGCCAAGGCAUGCUCGGCUCAGACGGGGACCACACCGGAACGAGUCUCCCCAGCGAUUCCUCCCGAAGACCUCUUUCGCACGCCCAUGUACAAAUCUUGGGAUGAGAAAGGUAUCCCCUUGACGGAUUCCGAGGACGAACCCAUGACCAAGUCGGCACAAAAGAGGCUCCGCAAGACACAAGCGGCUCAUCGAGUUCGGCACUUGCGAUACCACCAAUACGUCAAGAACAGAGGUGGGGCGGAAGCACCACACCAAGAAAAGGAAAACCAGAAGCCCUCGGAGCAGUCAUCACAACAGCACUGGGCCACGGCCAUUGACGAAUCAUUUGUGCAAGUUGUUGCAGGAUCCUUUGGAAAGAGACAGAGCUUGGAGUUCACCUCUUGCAUGGGUCCCUUGUGUCACGUUGUCCAAAUAUAGACAUUCAUACCCGCCUUGUCGGCAGGCAAGCCAUUUGCUUGUUGCGCGAGUGCGGUCAACGAUUGGCUUUCUUUCUUCUUCCCUCCAAAACAGCCACAACCGUCUUGUUCUACUCUCCUCCUUCUCCCCUUCCCAGCUUCCCCCGCUUAACAGCCGGACAGAACAAGUUGAAGAACCCCGUCUUCUCUCUCUGACUGUCAUACCUGGUACCGGAAUACUGCACGGCUCCUCCUCGAUCGAGAGAGACAAGCUUGGAGCAUGUUAUCUCAAUUGCUCCUCCUUUUCUUGCCAUGUGGAUGAUCCACAAGCAGCAAGCCACCUUUUAGAUUCAUAGGGUUUGUGACGGCGAAGACCACAUUGCACACUGCAGUGCCCACACCCCAGCGAAUACACCAAUUUUGCAUGAAAUAUAUACUACACAUACAUAUAAACUAGAACUCUUUUAUUAACCACCACGGACCACACC